AUGUCAGAGUUCAGUGGCAGAGCCCCCAGCCCUCCGCCGGAGUUCAGCGGCAGGAGCGGAGCGAAUCGCCGGGCAACAAAUAAAAAGGAUUCUAGAUCGAGGAGGGAGCAAGCCCAGAGGAGAGGGGAGACGAUGGUAGAUGAGAAACAUGUUUUUGGUCUUGAAUCCCCUUUUAAAUUCAGAUUGACACUUCAAUGUCUCAUUGAGAUGAAAGUGCCAACGAAUGAUUCCCAGGGGAAGAAGCAGUUUCCAAACAAGGAAGGUUGCUGCCAUGAAGAUGGGAGAAACAUCCUGGUCUAUGAGUCCAUGAUGAAUGGGAUUCUGAAAGAGGAUCUACAUGGUAACUUUUCUGAUCCCCUUUGGUAG